AUGAGCCGUGUUUCAAAUCAUCUCUUUGUUUCUGUAUUCUCCCUUCUUUUGCUCUGGCUCUCCCUGUUCGGCGUACGCGCUACUCGGGCUAUGGAGGACCAUGACGGGUCCAACCUUGACAACGGGCAAAAGCCGUUUGCCAACGACGAAUCGCUCACUCCCGAAUCUCUUGCCCAAAAUCAAGCUUCGAUGAAUUCCUUAGCUGAACAAGAGCUCCUCGAAAAUAACUAUGCUCAGUCACUACAAGAACUGAUGGACGACCCUAAUCGGUGGCAUAUCCAUUCAACAGACUCAGGUCCAAAAGUCAAAUUCGAGUUCCUUCGCAUGCCUAGCGAAAACCCGGAUUCUUUGAUCAAUGCUAUACGAUUCAGUCCUGAUGGGAAGUACAUUGCUAUCGGCGCGAUGAAUGCCGCCUACAUUUACGACGUUGAGACUGGAGACAAAACGUGUACUCUGAGGCACAAUUCAACAGAGGACACACCAAAGAUGCUGUUGGUGAGGGGAGUAGCUUUCACUACUGAUAGCAAGAGGUUGAUUACUGCCUGUGAAGACUCGCUUAUAAGGGUCUGGGACAUUGCAUCAGCCACUGUGAGCAGCACGUAUUCAGGCCAUCUGAGCGAGGUAUAUGCCCUAGACAUCUCCAAAGAUGGCCAUAUGAUCGCGUCAGGGAGUGCUGAUCGCACGGUCCGGCUGUGGGAUACCGAGUCGGGUUCAGAAAUUGCCCAGUUCACGUUCCCGGAUACGCCUGUGAGUGUCGCCAUCUCAUCCGACCCUGCCAUGCUCGUAGCUGGUUCAUUAGAUGGCACCUUGGGUUUCUGGCCUAUACAGGGUAUCAAAUCGGACGACGAGCCGAAAAAUAGGUUCCAAGCCCACAAAGCCAGUGUUCAUUCGGUUGCCAUCUCGAAGCAUAACCUCUUGGUGUCUGGUAGUGAGGAUAACACUGUGCGACUAUGGCCCCAUGAUCCGAAAAAUGGUUUCAAGCAGGUCAAGCACAAGGGCAUAGUAACGGGUGUGGACGUGACAAGCGAUGGACGAUGGGUUUUGUCAGUUUCACCGGCACAAGAGCUGUACAUAUCAGAUGCGGAGACUAGCGAGAUCCGCACCGUCAUCCAUGAUCAUAGCCAUCUGUGGCUUUCGUUUGCGGUUGCGGCGAGCCCAUCUGGAGGGCAUUUUGCGACUGGCGGAGGAGGGGACUUUCAGGUCUGGUCCUACAGUGACAACUGA